AUGGAAGCUUCAGGCGCAGACAAGGGCUUCUUCCAGAAGCCCCCAGUUCUCAACAACCAGUUCUAUGAUGACCUGACAUUUCAGAGAUGCUUCCGGUUGUUUCUUUCGCAGCACAUCAUUCAUCAAGUGCAAGCAGAAAUUGCUGCCCUUGGAGACGAUGUCCUUUCUGAUCGAGUUUUCGCUUGGAUCACAGAUGCCGAGCGUAACAAACCCUACCUUAAAGGAUCAGGCCGCGAUGCUUUUGGCCAGUGGAGUGGUGAUUUGGUUACUGGUGAAGGAUGGCGCGGCCUCCAGGACUUCGGUCAAUCUCGAGGCUUUGUUGCAGCCGGAUACGAUACUCCUUACGGUCCCUUUGCGCGAGCGUAUCAGUUCCUACGUAUCCAACUUUGGACCGCUUCCUGUGCCAACGUCGGAUGCCCAUCAGCUAUGCAAGACGGCGCCGCCCGACUUCUACAAACACACCUGAGCAGUUCAGAGUUCGCGGCAAAGCUUACAAACGCACAGAAAAGGGUAUUUGAGAACGCUUUUAACCACUUAACCUCAAGAGACCCGGGAUAUGCCUGGACGAGCGGACAAUGGAUGACUGAGCGUACAGGCGGGAGCGACGUCUCACUUACUGAAACGAUCGCAGUACAUAAGCCUGUGGUCGAGACUCAGCUGGCCUCAAAAGAUGAGAAUAUCCCUUUAGGGCCUUGGAGUGUCAGUGGUUUCAAGUGGUUCUCCUCUGCGACAGACUCGAGAAUGACCGUCCUCCUUGCUCGUACACCUAAAGGCGGGCUAUCGACCUUUCUAGCUCCUAUGAGGCGAUAUGAUCCCAAUGCCACUUCUACUACCGGGAUACCGAAGAGUAACGGCGAAAAGCUGAAUGGAGUCCGCAUUCAACGCCUAAAGAAUAAAUCGGGCACACAGUCUCUCCCUACUGCCGAGUUGGUUCUCGAGGAUAUGCGGGCGUGGCUCAUUGGCCAAGAAAGUCACGGUAUCCAGGAAAUUGCAACAAUAUUAACCUUGACUCGAGUUCAUUCAUCUGUAGCGGCUGUAGGAUACCUAGGCAGGGGUCUUGCAAUAGCGAGGGCAUACGCACAAGUACGAGAGGUUGGCGGUGGAAGGGGUACGCGGAUGAAGCUGACAGAAAGCUCUUUACAUAUGAAAACACUGUCCAAGAUAUCUUGCGAGUAUCGGGGACUGAUGCUUCUUACCAUCUUCACAUCUUAUGUUCUUGGCAUUUCUGAACACAGUCGACCCGCAAACUCGAGCCUUUCCCCUGCACUGCAGGCACUGACUCCCUCGACACAACAUGCUGCACCGUUGAUCCGAGUACUUACUCAACUCACAAAGGCCUACGUUUGCAAAGCAUCUGUGCAGCUACUUUUCUCGUGUAUGGAGUCACUCGGAGGUGUUGGCUACCUCGCCAACGAAGAACAAGAGUAUCUCAACAUUGCCCGUCUUCAUCGCGAUUGUGCCGUGCUGCCUAUUUGGGAGGGCACAACGGAUGUUUUGAGUACCGACUUUCUACGGGCACUCAAACAUCCAAAGGGCGGGCAAGAUACUCUUGAUGCCCUCGAAGGCUUUGUUAAACGAGCAUAUGAAUUCCAAGGAAAGGUAUCUCGGCCCGCUGGCUGGGACCCAUUAGGAGUUUGGACGACCUUGAGGCGGCGUGUAGAGCAUGAGUCCCUGGCAGACUUGCUGGGUGACGCCAGGGAAGUCCUUUGGGCUGUCGCAGACUUACUGGCGGCCUGGGAGAAAAUCAAGCAGGCCACUGCCGAGAAGAAUCUCGACGAUGUUGAGAAAGCCGUACAGGAGUACAUUGAGGCUGUCAAUGACGAGUCUCUGUCUCAUCCCCCUAAGCGCUCCCUCGUCCAGGUCUUCACCAAUAUGGAUCUCAACGAUAUCAAGCAAGCCGUACAGAAGUACAUCAAGGCUGUCGAUAACAAGGCGACAUACCUCUCUGGGUGUUUCCUCGUCCAGGUCUUCACCAAUAUGGACAUCCAGGGUAACAUCGACAAGAAGUACACUAUUUCGUAUCGAUUUGUCAAGAAGCCUGACCGUCCCCGUAAGAUCGAGGGAUAA